AUGACCACAGAGCCACUGCUAGUUCUCAAUGAGCUGUUGUCGGCGGUCACGCCAUCGACGGUGGUGGCACCCCGGCUAGUCACUGAAAUUGUACCUCUGCUGUCGAGGUCGGCGCAAAACUUGUUAGAAAUCCCUGACCCGGCGAAAGAAGGCCUCGGCGGUUGGUUGCACGCGUUUGUCACCCCCACACGCGAAAGAGAGGUCGGCAGCGGCGGCCGAACGAUGCACUUCGGCAGUGGCCACAAAUGGAAGUCGAUGCAGUGGCUACAAGUUGACAAUGGCCAUUUGGUCAGCGCUUUGCCUUCCAGCCCCCUGCAAAUCAAGCGGUGUCGUCAGCAUAACAGGAAGUCAGUCGAACCGUAUCCAGCAGUGUCGCCGUCUUCGUCAAAGAUCGGUGAGUUACAACAGAACUGUUUCGUUCCGGAUGUUUCGCUGAACAUAUAA